AUGAUGGAAAAAGACAAAACCGUUAUGCAGGAUUACUCGGAUGAUAUCGACUCGCUUCUUGUUCUGGACGGAUUAUUUUCUGCUGUCGUUACCGGUUUUAUCGUAAUAUCCGUGGCGAUGCUCCAGAGCGAUACUGGCCAGACCUCUGUUGACCUGCUUUCUAAGAUCUCGGAUCAGCUCGCCACCAUGACCUACUUAAAUUCGACAGUACACGCUGCUACUGCUGCUGCUGCUGCAGUUGCAACUUCGUUCGUGCCAUCCGCCGCCGCCCGCUGGAUCAAUAUCCUCUGGUUUCUGAGCCUUACUUUUAGCUUGGCCUCGGCCGUCUUCGGCAUCCUAGCAAAGCAAUGGAUACGCGAGUACCUCCAAUGGAGUAGCCCCACCGCUGAAUCACGCUUGAACGUACUCGUACGACAGAUCCGUUUCGAAGCAUGGAAAGAAUGGCACACAGCUAUCAUUAUAUUCUCCAUUCCU